GGCCCAGGUGCCUGCUAUGGCGUCCUCUCUGAAGGCCUGGGGUGUGCUUGUUCUCCUUCUGUGCCUGCAGCACAGCCCACGUGCACAGAGCUCUUCCAGGCGGCAGUUCUUGGAUCAACAUCACCUAAAUACAGACAAAGAAUUCAUUUCAUAUGGCUGUGAUGCCCUCAUGACGGAGAAAGGUCUGAAACCCAAGAGCCUACACGUAUUUGUUUACAUGCCAUGGUACAAAGUCGAGCACACAUGCAUGAGCAGCAAUUGGAAAGAUCGCUACAAAAAUUCCUAUGUCUGGACUCAGACUCCCGUUAAAGUACUCAGUUGCUAUUGGGAGAAAUUCAAAAAGAAAUAUACAGAGAUAAGAAACUACAACUAUGUUCAGUUCCAUUGUAACGCAGAUGGGUAUGUCGAUAGCAUAGAGGACAUGCGGUUGAUGGAGCCCAUCUUAGCCUAGAAAGUCUCCCGGCUCGCUGGGAGUCCCUGCUUACAGUACCUGCCGCCGCUCCGCUCGGCUGCACUCACGUCAGCAUCUCCCCACCGCGCUGAUUCUCGUUUUACAAUCGUGCUAUGCUGCUCUUUGCCUGCUUCUGUCCACAUAGCCCCGACUCGGCUCGCUCGGCUUCUGUCGCUGGGACAGAGAGAAAUCAUUCAGGAGGAGCUGUUUACCUCCUGGUCCCGGGGCUUUCGGUGUGUAGUCUGCUGGUUCUGUCGUCCUCGGGGAAGAAUGAGGCAGAGUAUUAUGAUGGGAAAAUGUGGAGGAGCCCAGAAAGUAGAAAGAAAAGGAGGGGGAAGGGUAUGGGGACAAGAGGUGACGGUAGUCGCUGCGGUGGCCUACCUCCUCCAAGCUGGACCCUCAGACCCACCUAACUAGGAAUUCAUCAAAGGAUGGGUCCACCACCAAAGUAAGUCACAACCUUCAUGACCCAGCGAAAAAGCUGUCAACACAGGAGCCUGUGGGCAGACAAGGGACAGCCAAGUCAAAGGCAUCUUCGUUGGACUCAUCCAGGUUUUCUUUUUCUUUUCUCUGAUGUAAUCAUCUUUAUGCCUAUCCAAAUUGAAUGAU